AAUUUCUGCUGCACCCUCCUCUGUUAUCCCCUGCGCCAGCCAUUAAUCAGCUCCGGUAAUGGCUCUGUUACCACCCACAUCUGGGUUCACCUCAAUUCACACGAACACCAUCUGUUCGACGAAAUCCACACCCUCUUUCUCAAUUCAUUUUUCAAGAGCUAAGCUCAAUCUGAACAGGUACCCUUUCCUCCACAAUUGCCCCCGCCGUCUCCGCCCACGGUUUCCGAGCAGGGCAUUUGAUACAGACAGCGAUCAGAAAUUACCCGACCAGGAUGAGAAGAUUGGAGGGGAACAGGAAGCUGAGUUAAUUGAUGACAACAAGUACCCCACCGGUGAGUUUGUGUAUAGGGAGUAUGAUCCUUGGGAGAAUUUGGUUGUGAAGUUCAAAAUGUUAUUCGCAUUUCCAUGGCAGCGCGUCAAGAAGGGCAGUGUCCUCACCAUGAAAAUACGAGGAGAGAUAUCGGAUCAACUUAAGAGCCGUUUCUCAUCCGGAUUAUCUUUACCUCAAAUUUGUGAGAAUUUAAUCAAAGCAGCAUAUGAUCCCCGUAUCUCUGGAAUUUAUCUCCAAAUUGAACCAUUGAGUUGCGGGUGGGGAAAAGUUGAAGAAAUCCGCAGGCAUGUAUUGGACUUUAAAAAAUCAGGAAAGUUCAUUGUGGGCUAUGUGCCAGCUUGUGGAGAGAAAGAAUAUUACAUUGGUAGUGCUUGUCAAGAGCUUUAUGCUCCACCAAGUGCUUACUUUCAAUUGUAUGGGUUGACUGUUUCGGCAUCAUUCCUUGGAGGUGUCCUUGAAAAAAUUGGGAUUGAGCCGCAGGUUGAACGGAUUGGUAAAUAUAAGAGUGCUGGGGAUCAACUUACACGUAAAAGCAUAUCAAAUGAAAACCGUGAAAUGCUGACUGCUUUGCUUGACAACAUCUACGGGAAUUGGGUAGAAACAAUUUCACUUGUUAAAGGAAAGAAAAAAGAAGAUAUUGAAAACUUUGUCAAUGAAGGGGUAUAUGAAGUUGAAAGACUGAAGGAAGAUGGAUGGAUAACAGAUAUAAAAUAUGAAGACGAGGUUGAGUCACUGCUAAAAGAACGUUUGGCAAUUCCUAGCAGUAAAAAACUUCCUACGGUUGACUAUAGAAAAUACUGCCGUGUUAAGAAAUGGACAAUAGGAUUAGCUGGUUCUAGAAAUAGAAUAGCUAUAAUCAGAGCCUCUGGAAGCAUUAGCCGUGUAAGAGGUUCACUGAGUACAUCCAGCUCCGGGAUUGUUUCCGAGCAGUUCAUUGAAAAGAUUCGCACUGUAAGAGAGUCAAAAAGGUACAAGGCUGUUGUCCUUCGGAUUGAUAGUCCUGGUGGAGAUGCCCUUGCUUCUGAUUUAAUGUGGAGAGAAAUAAAGCUUUUGGCUGCCAAAAAACCUGUAGUUGCAUCAAUGGCUGACGUUGCUGCUAGUGGAGGAUAUUACAUGGCAAUGGCUGCACAGACUAUAGUUGCAGAAAAUCUUACAAUAACUGGUUCAAUUGGAGUUGUGACAGGGAAGUUUAAUUUGGAGAGAUUGUAUGAAAAAAUCGGUUUUAAUAAGGAGAUCAUAUCAAGAGGAAGGUAUGCCGAGCUUACUGCAGCUGAUCAACGACCAUUCAGGACUGAUGAAGCAGAACUCUUUGCAAAAUCCGCACAGAGUGCAUAUAGAAGUUUCCGGGACAAGGCAGCUUCUUCUAGAUCAAUGACUGUAGACAAGAUGGAGGAAGUUGCUCAAGGGAGAGUGUGGUCUGGCAAUGAUGCUGCUUCGCGAGGUCUAGUUGAUGCUAUUGGCGGCAUAUCUCGAGCUGUGGCAAUAGCAAAACAGAAGGCUAAUAUUCCAUUGGACGAACAGGUAACUCUUGUUGAGAUAUCGAGGCCUUCAACAUCGUUAUUUGACAUAUUGGGGGGAUUUGGUAGCUCAGUUGCUGAAGCAGACAAAGCGAUUAAGGAGUUGAUGCAGCUCAUGUCUUCGUCUGAUGGAAUUCAAGCCCGAGUUGAUGGAAUCGUGUUGGAGCAACUUGAUGGAGCUUCUUAUGCCAAUAUCAUAUUUACUUUGUUGAAAGACUGCCUCAGCUCUUUCUAGUACACUCUUUUCCAAAUUCUUCUUUGUAUACUACAUCCUUGAUUAUAAAUGUGUUUUGUUGAUGGUGCAAAGGGCAGUUGUCUACAAAGUGAUCGAGUUCUGAUAUCGGAGGCCCUAUUUGCAAGUGGAACUGCUCUGCUAGUAGGAUAUACACACAUGAUUAAGUUAUUUGUAAUGUUUCUAUAUAUUCAUGGGAAUGGUUGUGUCUUGGUUUCGACACUGUUACCAAGCUGCCAAUGUAAGACUACUAAAUUAUUUACAGAAACAUAUGAACUCCACCUUUUAUUUUAGGGGACAAUCCUGAUUUUUUAAUUUUUUAUUUUGA